GGUCGCACUCGUGUCGCUGCCACGCACCGCACCGCAGCAGCUCACCUGCAUCGUCAACUCGGCGGGCGAACCCACCGGCCACCGCGCCCCGCCUCCUCGCCUCCAGGUCCCCGCCAGAUCACCAUGGCGCUCCUCCCGCGUACGGCGCGGCUGGCGCUCCUCUCCGCCUCCCCGCGCGCCUACUCCUCCUCCUCCGCCGCCUCGUCCGCGGCGGCCACCCGCCCGGCGCCAUACGGCGGGGCGCCGCCCCCGGCGCCGAUGUCGAAGGCGGCGGAGUUCUUGGUCUCCAAGGUGGACGACCUCAUGAACUGGGCGCGGCGGGGCUCGAUCUGGCCCAUGACGUUCGGGCUCGCCUGCUGCGCCGUCGAGAUGAUGCACGCCGGCGCCUCGCGCUACGACUUCGACCGCUUCGGCGUCAUCUUCCGCCUCUCGCCGCGCCAGUCCGACUGCAUGAUCGUCGCCGGCACGCUCACCAACAAGAUGGCGCCCGCGCUUCGCAAAGUCUAUGACCAGAUGCCAGAGCCCCGCUGGGUUAUUUCGAUGGGCAGCUGCGCCAACGGCGGCGGAUACUACCACUACUCCUACUCCGUUGUGCGGGGGUGCGACCGGAUCGUCCCCGUGGACAUCUACGUCCCUGGAUGCCCGCCGACCGCCGAAGCUUUGCUAUACGGCGUUCUUCAGCUGCAGAAGAAGAUCAACAGGCGCAAGGAUUUCCUCCACUGGUGGACCAAGUAAACUGGAGACUCACACAGUCCCUGCUGGCGCGGUCUCUCUGAAUUUUCGCCUAGCUGGUGUUUCCCAAGAGUCUGUGCGACCUAGGCUAGUCGUCUGAGAAGUGCGGACGCGGGCAUGGAACUGGUGUGCUGAACGCCGGGCCUGGUCCGCAGUCUCUGGACAAACAACGAAACACCUAGUGGUGGAAUGUUGCUGCUUUGUUAGUGUUCGUGUGUUACACUAGAGGUUGUAAUGAGUUGUUCUGUUGAUGAGAUCUGAUUGUAUGGAGAUUCUCGGGCAACAAAGUGGUCAUGACCGGUAA